AUGUCGAAGCUCAUCACCAACUACCUCCGGUCUCCUUCCAAGCCACUCCACGGGUUGACCAUGCCUGCAUUUACUCUCUACGGUGCUCGGGGUUCGACGAAUACCGAUCGAGUACGUCUGACUCUGGCCGAAGGUGGCUUUACGGACUAUGAUAUUGUCCUUCUCAAUCUUCAGAAAGGGGAACAAAAGGGCGUGGAAAACAUGAAACGUCAUCCGUGGGGGAAAGUCCCUGUUAUAACCUUCCCCGAGGGGUUUACUCUUUAUGAAAGCCGAGCAAUCUGCAAUUAUCUCGCAAGAAAGUACUCCUUUCCACUAGUACCCGAUCUUUCGAACAUCGACGCGAUGGCAGUGUUCGAGCAAGAGAGAUCUGUCGAAACAAUCUACUUUGCAGAACCUGCCGGUCAAAUUGGGUUCGAGAAAUUCGCAAAGAAAAUCAUUGGGCUGCCUCCUGAUGAGGCCGUUGUCUCACAUGCACUGAAGUCGCUCGAUACGUUUUUCGACAUCGCCGAUCGCCUCUUACAGCAGAAAAAGUAUAUGUCAGGGGACAAUUUCACUCUUGUAGAUAUCGACUACAUUCCGCUAAUAGCAAGACUUUUCGCGUGCGGCUACGGAGAUGUUAUCACGAGUCGAAAAUCAGUGAACGACUGGUGGGACCGCUGUAUGAGUCGGCCAGCCAUACAGACGUUGUUUGCAGCUGACAAGGAAGCCGCGGCUGCUGCUAGCAAAUAG